GGGAUGCUGAAAGAGGUGGAUGAUGGAGCGGAGGCCGAAGCUAUCGGUGACCUGAUGAACAUCCUCCUGGAUGAGACAAAGGAAACUAAUGGCCCAUCUCUGGCAGGAGAAAGUGGGGAGAUCACGAUGAGUGCUGACAUUGAAGCUGAGGCUGAAGCCUUUAAUGGUUUCCUCACCGUCCUCCUGGAGGAGAUAAGGGACAAGAUCAACCUGCCUCUGGGGAUGCUGCAAGAGGUGGAUGAUGGGGCGGAGGCUGAAGCCAUCAAGCAGCUCCUGAACGUCUUCCUGGAUCAGGCAGGCGAAAUGAUUGACCUGCCUCUGGGGAUGCUAAAAGAGGUGGAUGAUGGGGCGGAGGCUGAAGCCAUCGACCAGCUCCAGAACGUCUUCCUGGAUCAGGCAGGAAAAACUUCUGGCCAGUCUCUGGGGAUGCUGAAGGAGUUGGAUGAUGGGGCGGAGGCUGAAGCCAUCAACCCGCUCCAGAACGUCCUCCUGGAUGAGACACAAGAAAAGAUCCACCUGCCUCUGGAGGGCUCUGAUUUUGCUGUUAGAAAGCUGAGAAUAUUAACUUACUUUAAAACAGAGAUGCUAAAGGAGGUGGAUGAUGGGGUGGAGACUGAAGCCAUCAACCAGCUCCAGAACGUCUUCCUGGAUCAGGCAGAGGAAACUUCUGGCCAGUCUCUGGCAGGAGAAAGUGGGGAGAUUGUGACGAGUGCCAACGCUGAAGCUGAGGCUGAAGCCUUUAAUGGUUUCCUCACCGUCCUCCUGGAGGAGAUAAGGGACAAGAACAACCUGCCUCUGGAAGAAGUUGAGGCUGAAGCUCAAGAAAGAAAUCCAGAAGAGGCUGAAACAGAGAAUAGCACAUCUCUGGAUCAAGUAAACGGCAAUAAUACAGACGGGCCUGUUGAAAACACUGGGAAUGGAAACGAGAAAAAGAAAAGGACCAGGAGAGGGACACGAGGCAAAGGAAGAAAGAUAAAUUACAAAAAGUUCCAGGACAACAAAGCAGCUGAGGCCAUAGAAAGACCACCAGAAGAUGCAGAAACAAUGAACAGCACACCUCUGGCUGAACAGAAUGGAGGGAGGAAAGAGCUGAUGGACGCCAAAGCAUCAAGAGACCAACAUAAAAGACAGACACAAAGAAAGCCACAGACACAGUCACAUGUCUGGACACACCAUGACAGAGCCUGCGAGUCAGGGUGGAGAGGACCUGCUCACUGGGACCGGAGAGACAGGAGAAUCCCGAGAAGAUCAACUCAAGACACACCAUCACAUGCUGGAGCCUGAUCUGUUGAACAGCUCACACACACACACACACACACACACUCUAAACCCAAUGCACACACUAACACACAUAUACACACACAAAACCAAUGCACACAAACACGCAUACACAGAAAACCCAAUGAACAAACAAACACACACAAACACACACACACAAAACACCCCCGCCAAGCCCCCAUCCUAACCUUAAGCCUAACCCUACCACCA